AACAUGUAUCUCUUUAGGCCCAAUGGUUAGUUUGCGCGGGAAGCAGUCCGGUGCAGAAUCCGUCGACAGCUGAGGAGAGGUUAAUUUUAAUUCAUAUGAUUAUCGUUUAUCAGAACAGAACUGAAUUGGAAGAGUAGAGAAAAAGAAGAGGUUGAAAACCAAAAUCAUAAUUCAUAACAUUGAUUAAUUGAUAGCAUAUGAACAAGAAGGAGGAGAAUGAGAAAGGAGGAGUUAAAGGUUGGAUCGACGGCGAUGAAACCGCUCACUAUAUGCUACGUAGGAUCUCCGCCCUCCGAUCCACCCUCCUCGUUCCGCCGCUGCACAGGGUUCCGCUCCGCCUCGGCAACGUCAUCGAGAUCUUCGGUCCCUCACCCUCCGCCAAAACACAAAUUCUCAUUCAAGUUGCUAUAAAUUGUGUACUUCCGAAAGAAUGGAACGGGGUUCGCUACGGUGGUUUUGACCAUUCCGUGCUCUUUCUUGACCUCGAUUGUCGCUUCGAUAUCUCGCGCUUCUCGCAAAUGCUCACUCAUCGGAUUAUGGAAGGUAAUGCGAUUGGGGAUUGUGAUAAGACCCUGUAUGAUUUGUGCAUGCAACGCUUCUUGUAUGCCCGGUGUUCCAACAGCUUCGAAUUCCUUCAGACUCUCAAGAGUUUACAUUAUCGCUUAAAAAGGGAGAAAGAUCAUGGGGUUAGUGUGCAACUGCUACUGAUUGACAGCAUUGGAGCUUUUCAUUGGGUAGAUCGGGCAUCAAUGUUCUUGUCUCUAAAAGAACAUAAUAGGAAAAAGCUUUUCUUACAGAGUGUAUCAGAAGCUGUAGUUCAAGAUAUUAAAAAACUACUUCAGGUGCAUCCUAUGUUAGUUAUAGCCACAAAGUCGGUUAUUUUUGGAAAUACAUACUCUACGGCUUCAGAGGAGGUCAACGGGUGUUCAAGAAAUGUAACAAGAAGCCCACAACAUAUUCAGUAUCGUGAGUACAUGCCUUCAGUCUGGCAGUCACUAUUAAUAUUUCUAAUUUUAUGGCGCCCCUUACGUUCUUGCAGUCCUUUGUUACACAUAGAAUACUUCUACGCCGUUCAGGUUUGGGCUCCAUUCCCGUUGUUAAUAACUAAUUUUUUUUAUCCAUCAGCCAUGACUUCAGCAUAUUCUUGCUUUUCAGAUGAUCAACCUGUUAUAAACAAUUCUGAAAACUCCUCAUUGUAUGUGUUGGAAUGGUUAUUACCAAGAAUUGGACUUCCAGACAAGAUUAUAGUGAAGGAUAAUGGUGUUUUUGUUGAUUCAUGAACCAUGGUUGCGGACGGUGCCAAUUGUGGCUGAUGUAAAUAUAGGUUCAGCAAUGCUUUUAUAAAAGGGCAUGUAACUGUCUUCAUUGGUCACAACAUCAUGAAGCAAAUAGGAUCCAAGUCUUUCUGAAGAUCCAUUGCAUCAGAAUUUAAGUUAUUCUUGCGUGCUAUAAGAAGGAUCUCAUAUUGCAACCUGAUUUGGGAAAGCUUCCGGGAUCAAGCACUUGGAAAGCUCCAAGAGGUCACAAUCACAAUUUUACUCACCCUAGUUUAAUUAAUUGCCAACUUAGAUGAAAUUUGGUGCUUACAUGUCAUUUUCUGGUUGCAAUUGUUGAAAUGCACAGAAUCAUUUACUUGUGUAUUUGAAGAUAAACAAUGUUAGUUAACUCAAAUAAGUAACAAGAUAUAGGUGUUGACUGUUGAGAAGUGCAUAGUGCAAUAUAAAGAGAGUAUUGCCUCAUGACACAAGUAUAACUUUCUAAUAACCGCUAUCUUUUCUUUCUCCAA